CCAAGGAGCUGCUUCCUCCUUUUCCCACAGCUCCGCGGCUUCCCGGGAUCAAGGCUGGGCCUGCGCCGCGCGUCCCCGUGCCGGCCAGGGCGGCGCUCCGCGGACCCCAGGCGCUUCCUCGAGCGUGCGGGCCACUCCGGCCCUGUGGAGAGCAAGGCGAGGGUUUUGGGGGCGCCGAGACGGAGGGUCUGGCGGCCGCAGGGACUACCCAAGCACGGGGCUCCGGCCCGGGAGCUGCUGGAACAUGCGCCCGGAGCUGCAGUUGCCAGACUAUGUUUACACUCCUGCUGCUACUCAGCCAGCUGCGCAUAGUUACCUUCGCGUUUCCUCAUGGCACAGGAGGUCCAGAGGAGUCUAGGCAUGCAGGAGAAGAAGUCUUUACAUCAAAAGAAGAAGCAAACUUGUUCAUACGUAGACACCUCCUAUAUAAUCGAUUUGAUUUGGAGCUCUUCACUCCCAGUGACCUAGAAAGAGAAUGCAGAGAAGAACUUUGUAAUUAUGAGGAAGCCAGAGAAAUUUUUGUGGAUGAAGAUAAAACGAUGACAUUUUGGCAAGAAUAUUCAAUUAAAGGACCAACCACAAAAUCAGAUGCUAACAGAGAGAAAAUCGAUGUUAUGGGCCUUCUGACUGGACUAAUUGCUGCUGGAGUAUUUUUGGUUAUUUUUGGAUUACUUGGUUACUAUCUUUGUAUCACUAAGUGUAACAGGCAACGACAUCCAGGUUCUUCAGCCACCUACGCAAGAAGGGGCAGACACACUCCCUCCAUCAUUUUCAGAAGACCUGAGGAGCCUGUCUUGUCUCCAUUGCCACCUUCAGUGGAGGACACAGGAUUACCUUCUUAUGAACAGGCAAUGGCACUGACCAGAAAACACAAUGUUUCACCGCCACCACCAUAUUCUGGGCCAGCAAAAGGGUUUAGGGUAUUUAAAAAAUCUAUGUCACUCCCAUCUCACUAAGCCCACCUUGUUGUCUUGGUGAUAUAGGACAUUCACAUUAUUUAAAUGGUUUGUUUUCCCUGAACCAAAAAGACAUGUCAAUUCAGCCCUUUAUGACAAACUGCAGAGAGGAAAGGAGGAAUAAGCACGUGUACUAUGCCACUGGAGAUCUGUCAGCAUCCUGGACCUGAACUUGAUCAUAAUCAGCUGGAUAAGGAACUUUGUAUCUUUGCAGUUAAGAAGAGAACACUUUUUUGUUCCUUUUAAUGGUUCAAAAAAUCUGUUAUGGAUGCCACAGCUACAACUGGGGAACUAUCUGUAUCCUUUGUACAGAAAAAGUUUGUAGAUUUGUUGUAUUGAAUACUAAAAAGGUAAGAAUUUCUAAUUGUUAGAUUAUCCCAAGUCAUAAUAUUUGACCUACUCUUUUUUUAGGAUUUCUUUUUGGUUGGAAAUACUUCACAGAAUUUUGCAUUUAAAUAUAAAUU